GCGACCUGGGGCGGCGGGCCGCGUCGGCCGGGCAUGGCGGCGUGGAGCCCGGCCGCGGCAGCGCCUCUGCUCCGCGGGAUCCGCGGGCUUCCUCUUCUCCACUGUGCCCAGCGGAUGUUUGCCUCACAGACUGAGGGGGAGCGCAAAGUGACCCAAAUUCUCAAAGCUAAAUUUCCUCAAGCUACUGUGAUCAAAGUCACCGACAUUUCAGGAGGCUGUGGGGCAAUGUAUGAAAUCCAAAUCGAGUCAGAAGAAUUUAAGGAGAAGAGAACUGUCCAGCAGCACAGGAUGGUGAAUCAGAGACCUGCUGGAAGAAAACAAAGACUGCGUUGGGUGGAAAUGGAAAUUCCUGAUGCUUUGGAAAUUAUUUCAGUACUGUUUCUAACCCUUCAGGCAUUGACUAGAGGAACCGAAACUACAAAAUGUCUUGUACUGUUUAGUCAAUGUCCUGUCUUCAUCUGUUCUCAGUGCUGAGGCAUACAACUUAAAAUAAUGAUCAUAAAUAUAUGCACACACCCACCCCCUUGCUUUAUACAAACCAGUUGAGCUAUUUUUUGAACCAAAUUUGCACAACUCUAAAGAAAAAAAAAACUUCAAAGAACAGGAUGUUUUUCAAGGCAGGCUUUUUAGAAGCUAAGGGUGACUUGCCCUAUUUGGCUUUUUCAGGGUUUCCUUUGCUUUCUCCAGUAGUUAACAGUUUGGCAUGGAGCUCAUCAUCUGAUUUGGAAGGUCAGAUUUUAAUAUCUGCAGUCUCCCAUUCGUUUGGUUAAAUGCCUAAAGCUGGUAAUCUGCUGGUGCUGAAGUGGGGGGAGGUAUUCAUGGCUCAUUAAAACACAUCCUCAUGGUUUAAGGGUCAGCUGAUUUUCUACAAUACUUAAAAAGGAGAACUGAAACAAUUCCCCUGAAGAAGUCUGGAUCAAGAUAAGCAGCUUUACCAAUAUUGUGUCAGUAAAGGCAUAAUAAUUCAAAAGAAAUUUUAAUUAUAAAAUUUUAAAAAUUAUGUAGUGGUAAGUCAGACUGUCAUUAAAUAAAGUCCACUCCAUUUCACUUCGGUAGCCCUUGUAAAAUAUAAACUAACACACUGCUGGAACCUUGAAACAUGGGCCAUCCAGAAGAGCAAGGAGCGUGAGUCCCUCCUGCCAUUUUCUGAUCCUCUGAUUUGAGCUUAAGAAAUGAGCCUGUAAUGUAGAGGCAAGAAGCUAACUUUCCUGUCUAAAAGUAGGAAGGAUAUGAAUAAAUAUUUUCCUUUUUUCUUCCUUC